CGCGGUGUGUCUGUAUGUAUGCAUGGAGGGGCGGGAUGCGCACUUUGUUUCGGCUACCGGUUUCUUAUUUACUUUGGUCUCUUCUUUUUUUCCCUGUUCUGGUACCGUGUGUGUGUGCGGGUGUGUGUCCGAGGGCUUUUUUUGCCCCCUUUCCUCUUCUGGGCUUGACAUUACACAAAAGUCGAGAAACUCAAAAGACAGGGGGGUGGAGGAGAUGAGUGAGCUGAACUUUUUCUCCCUCUCUCUCCCUCCCUCUCUCUCUCUCUCUCUCUCUCGUCUGUCGUCGCUAUGACAGUCUCAUUGGUGGUGGGCCGGAUUGUGUCUCCGUUUUGUUGAGGGAAAACUCAAAACCC